UAGAAAAUGGUGUCACUCCCACUAUGUUCCUCAGCUUGCACGGGUGCUGUGUAAACUCUCCAUUAGUUCAUCUUUGUCAAUCGUGCGAGUGGCAGCGUCGUUACCGCACUCGAUCUAACACUCGAUCUUACAGUUGUCGGUCAACGUCGAGAUAUUGGCAUUGUGUGAGUUGAUAGUUUACAGCAGUUUACAGUAAGACGCGCAAAGAAGAGUAUCGUUGAAUUGUCACCUGGGGCGUUUGCGUUUUGUAUUCGGAAUAGUGCGUUGACACUUGAGGCCUAUAUAUUGAUUGCCACUUAAAGAAAGAAGAUAAGACUGUAAAGGCAUAUAAAGAAUUGCCAAAAUGUCUCUAUAUCCUACAUUGGAAGAUAUGAAGGUGGAUCAUCUGAUGAAGGCUCAAGCACAAAUCGAGAUGGGGGCACAGUAUGCGCCCCCACCGAUACCGAUAGGACCUGCAGUUCCUUCAGCUCCUGCUGAAGUUCCUUCUGUAGCACCGUUGUAUCCAUCUUUGGGAGAUUACAUGGGACUUGAGCUGACUGAAGAGACUAUUGCACAAAAUAUGCCUGAAUAUGCACUCACAACACGUCCAAAUAUGACAGUUGCUUCAUUAAACGAAACAAGUUAUUCAUUAGCAGGGAUGGUUGCACCUUUGACAGGACAGUCAGUGGCUUUGCAGAAAGCUGUUGUAACAAAUGGCAUCAGAGAGCUAGUGCUGUGUAAGGAUAAAGAUGGAAAAGUUGGUGUUCGAGUACACUCAGUGAACAAUGGCGUUUUUGUAUGUCUUGUAAGUCAGAAUUCUCCAGCUGCGAUGGCCGGGUUACGCUUUGGUGAUCAGAUUUUAAGUAUCAAUGAAGUGUGUGUUGCUGGAUAUUCAAUGGAUCAAGUGCACAAGCUUUUCCGUAAUGCAAGCACCAAUGGAAUUAAAGUGGUCAUACGUGAUAGACCAUUAGAGCGUACCAUCACAAUGCUCAAGGAUAGUACAGGUUAUAUUGGAUUUCAGUUCAAGAAUGGAAAAAUAAUUGCUCUAAUUAAAGAUUCUUCAGCUGCACGAAAUGGUUUAUUGACUGAUCAUCAAAUACUUGAAAUUAAUGGAAAGAAUGUAGUCGGGAUGAAGGAUAAAGAAAUUACGGCAGAAAUUGAAAAUGGUGGACAUAUCAUUACAGUGACGGUAAUUCCUUCGUACAUUUACGAUCAUAUGAUAAAAAAGAUGUCGAGCAGUCUUUUGAGAAAUUUGAUGGACCAUUCUGCUAUUGACCUUUAAACUUAAAAAAAAAAAAUUAUUAAA